AUGGCACGCUGCUGCCACAGUGAUUGGCUUACCCUCCGUAUCGAACGUAACGAAGUCAUCGUGUUCAUCUCGGAUCGGCUUCAAGCGCUUAUCAACGACAUUCCCCGUUCUGACCUUCAGCAGCCCAGCUUGGUGGUUUUGAUCGGCCAUACCGCCAAAUCAUCAGCCCUUCGGUCGCUCGGUGUGGACAAGAACAGGGAGAAGUCGGCAGGGAGAGGGAAACGUGGCGGCGAGGUGCAUCUCCAACUGGGAAAUCCCGACGUGUUUCAGGACGUUCCAGUGCUUCUUGCAGACGGCGACCUUCCAUACCGGGACGUCAGAAAAAGGUCCUCGGCCCAAUGCCACGAGACGAGACAGGUGAUGCUUCCUCGCAUUCGGGGAGGCGUCCAAGAUCUAGCUUUGGAAGAUGCUGCUGAUUAUCUCUACUCCCGUCUCUUAGGCGCCUUUGCUGAUGUCUUUUGCUUCUUUUCCACCGACGUCGACGGCUUUGGUCCCAUCGUCCGCCGACUCGCAUUGUGGCUCGAGAAUGGCAAGCCGACAACACUGCCGAAGACGACGUAUCCACGGAUGGUCGUGGUGAUGGAAGCCACAGACCCUGGCGACGAAAGCGACCAGGAGGCCGCGGAGGUCCUCCUGCACGAACUGAGAGACGAGACGACCAAAAAUCCCCUGGAGAUGUUGUCGGCUCUCGAGGUGGUAACCGUACCCCGCGGAGGGAACUGCUACCAGCGCCUGGAGGAAUACCUGAUCCGGGCACUGAACCAGGGUCGAAGGCACAAGGUCGAAGCAAGGAUGCUUUUCUCUGGGAGGCACUUGGCUGCUUUCUUCGAAUAUGCGAGUGACCACUUUGGCAGAACCACAAGGGAGCCAUUCGAUUUUGUGAAAGCGUCGCGUGUGCCAAAUCCUGUCGCGCCGGACUUAGACAUGCACCUGUCUAACUUCCUGAAGCAUAUCAAAUCGCCUGAAGAGCUGACGGACUUCGCGGCGCCAACGAUUGCGUCGAGCUUCCUGCUAGAUCACUACCCGCCCGGGAUGCACGGUAAGUCAGAGCUCCUUUCUGCACGUGGCGAGACCAAUCUGACGGCCCCGAGCGGUGUGCUUGUGUAUGACGGCUCGAUAAACUUGCUUCUUCCGUCCGGCUUCGUCCAAGCCGUCUCGGAGCAGCUGCAAAAAUGUUUUCGGGACUUUAUCGCCGGCACACCGUCUAUGACGGUCCAUCGCAACAAUCUGAAGAGGUUCAAGCUUCGCUGGAAGCGGAUGCGAAGCGACGACACCUGUCUCAUAUGCUUGCGCCGCACCCUAGAGAACAACAACUUGCCCUGUGGCCACGCGGUCUGCGAAAAUUGCGUACGAGUCUUCGGACAGGCCGAUGAGAAUGAUCGGUGGGCGUUCGGCAUUCAGCGCUGUUUCCUCUGUGACAAGGCACUUCGAGAGGUGACGGUAAAGGUAAAGCCUGAUACCGCCGGGGUCAACGUAUUGACCAUCGACGGGGGCGGCAUUAAGGGAGUCGUGCCAUUGUUGUUUCUGCAAAUCCUGCAGGACAGGAUGGGCCUACCGAUCCCAGUUCAGGAUAAUUUCGAGAUUGGGUUUGGCACCAGUUCCGGCGGGCUUAUCAUCCUCGCAUUAUUCAUCAGUGGGUGGACGGUGGAGGAUUGUGCGAAUCUUUUCGAAUCUUUUGCGAAAAGGGCAUUUAGACCGCGCUGGAUCUCUCACGUACCCGUUGUGUCCCGCAUUCCGGUCCUAUCGCACAUUCUCGAGUUUUUCGUGUCGUGUUUGGCCGAUGGUCUGUACCCAGCUGACAAUUUGGAAGCUGCGCUAAAAGAAGUUUUCGGCAGCGACAUGGGUAUCCUGGAUAACUCCCAUGCAACCGCUAUAGGCACGAAAGUGGGGAUACCGGUGACCACGGUUCUGGAAACGGACCCGUGUAUCUUCACCAACUAUAACGGGGCGGGGCCGAGGCCGCAGGACUGCGGAUACCGUAUUAUCCGGUCACAAGACGGGCGAAGAAGGAUUCGCCUGUGGGAGAUAGCGAUGAGCGGAGCUGCAGCACCUUGGUACUUUCCAGCAAAGCGCAUUCCUGGGGUAGGAACCUUUCAAGAUGGAGCCCUCUGGAGGAACAAUCCCGUCGACCUCCCCCUGUGGGAAAUCCCUGUGGUGUGGCCACUGAUUCGAAGGCCCAAUGUAGUCGUCUCCCUCGGUACCGGGUCCUCAGGACCACGCGUACAAAUGUCGCACUCCAGCAGACUACGUGCGUUCUGGAGAGAGGGAUUCCUGCCACGAUCGUACAGAGCCUUCAUGGAAUUGAUCAACGGCAAAAAAAUUGCCCAGGCGUUCAAGAAUGGAAGACGGGCAGAGUUGAAUGGGCGGUACUUCCGGUUUGACGUUGAACUGGACAGAGAGGUCGACUUGGACGAUACAGGUCGGAUGCGCGAGCUAGCAACGAAAGCUCGGGAACAGUUCUGUCGGUCGGAAGAUGUCGAUGUCGUCGCCCGUUGCCUCGUUGCGACACGUUUCUACUUCGAACUCGAGUCAAAGCCAAAGAAGAUCAAGGGGAAGUAUUCUGGAUCGGGCCAUAUCUUCUGUUGUUUGCCUCGAAACAGUCCCGAGCUGGAGGUGCUGCUGGGACAGUUGUCUAAACGGGCCGCGAGGUUUACCGUGAACGGCCAUCGGACUCCUGGAUCGGUCGGCGAUCGGUCAUUCAUCGACCACGAUGGAAACUUUCGCAAAAGAGUUGAAUUUGAAACCAAAGACACAUUAUCUGUUCUCCUCCAAGAAGGGCCAGCUGAUCCGCAGCAUAUCAGUGGAUCUCCAUACGUAAUCCACGAUCUUAUGGAGAUGCAAGGCCUCAACAACGAUUUCGGUACUCCUGAUCAUAGGAAGCGAAAAGACCGCGAGGACAAGGAGUACGAGGGAGGAAAGAGGGCAGACGAGCCGGCCACGAAGCGUCGUCGAGCUCGGUAA